AUGUCGACCAGGACACAGCUACCACCACGAAGUCAGGCUAAGAGCCUGUCUGCAUCAGUCCACGGACGAGGAUACAGUACACAACUCCCCAGAAAGUCCAGUCCAGAUGCGAUAGUUCAGACCUUCAAAAGCAGCAAGUCGAUGGGGGCGACAGCGGCGGUCGCAUUCCUCGCAGGCAUAGCUACCGUCGGUCUGCUUGCGUCGUAUGGAGGCGAGGUUCAUGCCGAAGCUCCUCACAGCACCCAAACGCUGGCCACAAGGACGGCAUCAACCCUCCCGCUCUCAUCGGUGCAGCCCCUCCAAUAUGAUCUGUCGGAGAAGAACCUGCACGAGGCGUACCAAGAAUUUGUGGCUCUGUUGGGCGAGGAAAAUGUGACUCUCAACGCAGGAGAGCGGCGCACGCGCUCAAGCACCGAGUGGUCGCCAGCGCCUCGCGCGGACGACAUCCCAUCCAUGAUCGUCUACCCGCGACACACCCAAGACGUGAGCCAAAUCGCCCGGAUCUGCCACGGGCGAAGAAUCCCCAUGAUCGGCUUCUGCGGCGGGACGAGUCUCGAGGGCACCCUGGCCGCGCAGCACCAGGAGGUGUGCAUCGACUUCAACCGCCACAUGAACCGGGUGCUCGAGAUCCGCAAGGGUGACAUGGACGUCACGGUCCAGCCGUCGGUCGCGUACCAGGAGCUCAACGCGCUGCUGGCCCAGCAGGACAUGUUCUUCCCCCCGGAUCCCGGGCCGGGCGCCCAGAUCGGCGGCAUGAUCGCGCAGGGCUGCUCGGGCACCAACGCGUACCGGUACGGGACGAUGAAAGACUGGGUGCUGGGCCUGGAAGUCGUACUUGCAGACGGGACCAUCAUCCAGACCAGACAUCGGCCACGCAAGUCCAGCUCGGGCUAUGACUUGACUAGACUCUUCACAGGCUCCGAAGGCACCCUCGGGUUCGUGACCAAGGCGCACCUCAAGCUCACCAAGAAACCCGAGAACGUGCGGGUGGCCGUGGCCCAGUUCGCGAGCAUCGACGACGCGGUCAAGAUGGCCGUGCACACAGUCCAGAGCGGCAACCAGCUGGAGGCGAUGGAGCUGCUGGACGAUCUCAGCAUGCACGCCGUGAACGAGGGUGGCUACUGUUCGGUGCGGUGGGCAGAAAAACCGACCCUGUUUCUGAAGAUCAGCGGGUCGACGCCACAAGUCGUUGCGCAGCUGGCCCGACAGGUGGAAGAGACGGCGAGGGAGAGUGGCGCAUCACUCUUCAAACUAGCAGCCACCGACGAAGAAGGUCAAGAGCUAUGGGAGGCGCGAAAGACGGCCCUGUGGUCGACGCUGGCGCUCAAGAAGUCGCCCGACGACAAGUUCAUCAGCGCCGACGCCUGCGUCCCGAUUUCGAGGCUGGGAGACAUUAUUCGCGAGAGCCGGGAGAGGUUGACAGAGUCGAAGAUGCUCGGAUCGUUUCUUGGACAUGUUGGCGACGGCAACUUCCACGCCACGGUCCUCUACAACGCGCAAGAAAAGGCCCAGGCGCGCCAACUCAUCUCCGACAUCCAGCGCCUGAGCGUCGACAUGGACGGCACCGUCUCGGGCGAACACGGCAUCGGGCUCGAGUACCGCGACCAGGUGGUCUACGAGCUUGGCGAGGCGUCGGUCGACGCCAUGCGGGCCAUCAAGUUCGCGCUCGAUCCGCUGUGUUUGUUGAAUCCGGGUAAGAUGAUUCGUGUGGAAAAAGGCACAUACGGAGGAGGAGGAGAAGGACAAAAGAGGUGA